AUGUCAGACAAGAAGAAUACAAAGAGUGAACCAUCAGACGAACAAAUCCUCGCCGCCAUUGCCAAAGAAUCAAAAGAAUUCGACAAGGAUGCCGAAAUCGAUCGUAUCCUCAAAGCCUUCCGCCUUGAUUCCUACGCAGUCCUAGAUCUUCAACCCGGUGUUCCCGACAACGACAUCAAGAAAUGCUACCGCAUGAAGUCCCUCCUGAUCCAUCCCGACAAGACCUCAAAUCCCUCUGCGCCAGACGCCUUCGAUCGCCUCGCAAAAGCACAACAAGCCCUACUGGAUGAGAAAGAGAGGGCGAAGUUGGACGAAUGUAUUGCAGAUGCGCGUAUGCUCUUGAUGCGUGAGCGCAAACUCACCACCGACAGUGAAGAGGUCAAGGAUCCAGAUGACGAGUUCCGCAGGGCUUGGAGGGAAAAGACAAAGACCGUGCUGGUAGAUGAGGAGUUGAGGAGAAGGAAGAGGAUGAAGGCUCAGAUGCAAGAAGAAGGUCGUGCGCAAAAGAAGGAAGAGGAGGAGAUCGCCGAGCGCAAGAGGAAGAGAGAGUUCGAGUCAAAGUGGGAGCAGUCGCGUGAGGAGCGCAUCGGUUCCUGGCGAGACUUCCAAAAGGGAAAGCAACCCGACAAGAAAAAGAAGAAGAUCAAGACCUUGGGUUGA